CCCCUGGUAAUAUUAAAGACAACUAUUCCAUGCUCGUUAGGCAACCAUUAUAUCUUUAAUCGUCCGAAAAAUGAUAAGAGUGGUUAUACAUGGUUAUAUAGUGGUUAACUUUUGGUUAUCAAAUUAUUGUGCGUUGUGGUUUGAGGCAUGAAAUCUUCUAAAGACCGUGGAUACAACUUACCACUGGUCUCAUAGAUAAGUAAGGAGUGAUAAAAACACAUGUUCGCCUGUUUUCAAAAGACAACAUAUUUAUCUACUAUCAAGUUUAAAUUUAACUGUUUUAUUAGAGAAAGACUUUCAGUAUUAAGUGGUCUAUAGUCAGAACUUAUUCCUAACCUCAAUGGUAAGUUUACACUGUACACAGUAAGUUGACGGCUCAGCAUUUCGGUCACGGACAGUUAUUUAAAUAAAUAUUUAGUGAUGUUCUACAUUAUAUGUAAUCUUCUAUGAACCGCUUUGUGAAUAAUAUUCUAAAAUGGAUACAAGCAAUGAUUAUUUAUUUGCUCUACAACUGCAAAACGAUUUGGCCAAUUUUGAGGAAAAUGAGGAUCUACUCAAUGUAAUAGAUGUGACAAAAUCUAACACCAGUUUGGCUGCAGAAUUGAGUAGUGAAAGUGUAAUUGAUUUGACUGAUAUCAAUACUAAUGUUAAAAAACAAAAGCGUAAUGCUAUCGAUAAUUUAACUCGACCAAUUAAACGGCCAUGUCCUAAAAAUGUAGAGGCUACCGAAAGUGUAGUGGACCAUUCUUGGGAAAUGUUGGAUCCAAAUCCAGACAUACAUGGUCUAUUUUUGGCAUUUAAUCGACAGUACUUUUGGAGUAAAUUGGACUCAGUCAUGAUACAAUGGAGCAAAAGGAUGACAGUCUGUGCGGGUUUGUGUAGAUAUGAAAAUGGGUUUUGUUCCAUUAGCCUUAGUGAACCACUGUUGAAACUCAGGCCGCGAAAAGAUUUAGUUGAAACAUUACUACAUGAAAUGAUUCAUGCAUAUUUGUUUCUUACAAAUAAUAAAGAUCAUAAAAAUAGAGAUGGACAUGGGCCAGAGUUUUGUAAACACAUGUACAGAAUAAAUGCAGCAGCUGGUACUAAAAUAUCAAUUUAUCACGAUUUUCACGAGGAAGUAAAUGUGUACAAAAUACAUUGGUGGAAAUGUAAUGGGCCAUGUCAAUAUAAGAAGCCAUUUUAUGGAAAUGUAAGAAGGUGUCAGAAUCGUGCACCGGGUCCAUAUGAUAGGUGGUGGACUCAUCAUCAAGCUACUUGCAGUGGAAUUUUUAUUAAAAUCAAAGAACCUGAAGGGUUUGGAUUGAAAAAAAAACCAAUUGUUUCAAAACAAGUGGAUGUUAAACCUGUCAAUAAAAUUACAAAUUUUAUUACAAUAUUGGAUUCUCCAAUAAACAAAGUUCAUCAUGAUGGUUCUGAAAUAUAUUCUAAAUCAAAAGAAAAUGAUCAAAAGCCCCAAUUUGAUAACAAAUCAAAUUCACCCACAAAGAAAGUUUCUGAUAUGAAUGCUAAAAUGUCUACUGAAUCUAAUGAAUGCGAUAAACAAAAUGUUCAACAGGGUGUAUAUUUAUUGAAUGAUUUGUAUGAGGGAAAUGAUUUUGAUGACGAUGAUAUUAGUGAUUUGUAUGAUGGAAUUUCUCAAUGUCCCGUUUGCAAUAAACCUGUGUUAACAGACUGGUUGAAUGAUCAUUUACAAAAUUGUAAACAGUUGAGAGAGAUGUUUGGCGAUGAAAUUAAUGAUGAAUGUAAAUGUCCAGCUUGCAAUUGUACAGUUGAGAGAACCUUAAUGAAUGAGCAUUUAAAUAGUUGUAAAAUGUUGAUCAAUGUGUUUGAAAAUGACUCUGAGGAUAUUCCUGAUGAUACUAAUUAUGUAAACUGUCCAUGUUGUGAUAAAAUGGUCAAAGACAGCAAUAUUAAUACACAUUUAGAUAUUUGUAUGUCAACAGAAUCACUCAAGCCUAACCAUGAUAAAAAUAAUUUAAAAUGUCCAUGCUGUGAAAAUAUAUUUAAAAAUGUUAUAGAAUUAGAUGAUCAUAUAGAUAACUGUUCGUCAGUAUGUUAAUAAUAAUAAUAAUAAUAAUAAUAAUAAUAAAUUAUUUUAUAUUUUAUUUAUUUUAUAUACUCAAUAAUUAAUAUAUUACGUUUUUUUUUUUUAUUUUCAUUGUAUCUAAAAUAAAAUAUAAAUACAUGUUUAUUAAUGGAAAAUCCUGAAUUGAUUUUAUUUUAAUUUAUUUUAAGUGAGUUGUAUAGGAAGCACUAAGGCAAGAUCAGAGCUCGCACUUGUUCUUUAAAGAGGCUUGCUUGUCAAAAAUCACAUAUAAACAUAAGUGUUAAUUUUCUAAUUACAAAUUUAGAUUAAUAAUCCAACAGACCAUGUAUCCUGUCGGCUGUAUACUCCGUAUUCAAAUUUUUAAAUUUAGAAUAGUUAAAAUUUAUAAAAACUAUUUUGUUUCUGUGUGUGUGAAUGUCUAUAUAAAUAUGAUUAAUAUCUUGGUAUCUAUAUGUACAUAAGUCUUCAGCCAAAUAGAUACUAUUUUUUUUUUUUUUUUACUAACCAACUUUUUAAUAUAAACUA